CCGCCUCUGAGGUUUCCAAGUCUCCCUGGUAUUUAUACGGAGGGCACGGCAGGACCGGCUCCCAGAGGAAGGGAGCUCUCGCCUCCGCGCUCUCGCCCAGGCGCCCCGUCGGCAGCGGCAUGUGCGAGGAGGAGACCACCGCGCUGGUGUGCGACAACGGCUCCGGGCUCUGCAAAGCCGGUUUCGCCGGCGACGAUGCCCCCCGCGCCGUCUUCCCCUCCAUCGUGGGCCGCCCCCGGCACCAGGGCGUGAUGGUGGGCAUGGGCCAGAAGGACAGCUACGUGGGCGACGAGGCGCAGAGCAAGAGGGGCAUCCUCACGCUCAAGUACCCCAUCGAGCACGGCAUCAUCACCAACUGGGACGACAUGGAGAAGAUCUGGCACCACUCCUUCUACAACGAGCUGCGCGUGGCACCCGAGGAGCACCCCACGCUGCUCACGGAGGCGCCCCUCAACCCCAAGGCCAACCGCGAGAAGAUGACGCAGAUCAUGUUCGAAACCUUUAACGUCCCGGCCAUGUACGUCGCCAUCCAGGCCGUGCUCUCCCUCUACGCCUCCGGCCGCACCACCGGGAUCGUGCUGGACUCGGGCGACGGCGUCACUCACAACGUGCCCAUCUACGAGGGCUACGCUCUGCCCCACGCCAUCAUGCGUCUCGACCUGGCCGGCCGCGACCUCACCGACUACCUCAUGAAGAUCCUCACCGAGAGGGGCUACUCCUUCGUCACCACCGCCGAGCGCGAGAUCGUGCGCGACAUCAAGGAGAAGCUCUGCUACGUGGCGCUGGACUUCGAGAACGAGAUGGCCACGGCCGCCUCGUCCUCCUCGCUGGAGAAGAGCUACGAGCUGCCCGACGGGCAGGUCAUCACCAUCGGCAACGAGCGCUUCCGCUGCCCCGAGACCCUCUUCCAGCCGUCCUUCAUCGGCAUGGAGUCCGCCGGCAUCCACGAGACCACCUACAACUCCAUCAUGAAGUGCGACAUCGACAUCCGCAAGGACCUGUACGCCAACAACGUGCUCUCCGGCGGCACCACCAUGUACCCCGGCAUCGCCGACCGCAUGCAGAAGGAGAUCACGGCGCUGGCCCCCAGCACCAUGAAGAUCAAAAUCAUCGCCCCCCCGGAGCGCAAAUACUCCGUCUGGAUCGGCGGCUCCAUCCUGGCCUCGCUCUCCACCUUCCAGCAGAUGUGGAUCAGCAAACCCGAGUACGACGAGGCCGGACCCUCCAUCGUCCACCGGAAAUGCUUCUAAGCCCCCUCCCCAACCCCCCCCCACCCCCCCGCGGCGGCGGCCCCCCCCCCGGCUCCUCCUCUCUCCCCUUGCAGCUCCCAAGCAGCUCCAGGCAGCAUUAAAACCUUUUCUGGA